AUGGCAGAGAAAUUCUCUGUAAAAGACUUGAAACACCUGAAAGAUCUUGCAGACUCCUACAGUGGGAGGAAGAGAGCUGAUCCAGAGGAGAAAACCAAGGUGGAGAGCAGUACGAGAGACCAAGAAGAAGAGAGGGAGCUGAUCUGCUGUAAACACACUGCGAGACCCAAGUGGUUCUGUGUGGAUGAGGAAAAGGCCAUCUGUCCUCUCUGUGUAGAGUCUGUAGACCACUCUGGACACAAGGUGAUCCCUGUAGAGGAUGCUGUCUCACAGCUGAAGGAAAAACUGAAAACAAACCUUGAGUCUGUGCAGGAACAGCUGAAAAGAUACAAAAAAAUUAGAAGGCAGUAUGAGGACCUAGUCCAACACCAGAAGAAACAGUUUGUUUCCACAGAGAGGCAGAUAAAGGAGGAGUUUGAGAAGCUCCACCAGUUCCUGAGAGAUGAAGAAGAGGCCAGAUUGGCUGCACUGAGGGAGGAAGAGGAGCAGAAGAGUGAAACCAUCAGCAGAGAGAUGAAGGCCAUUCAGGAUCAGAUCUCUUCUCUCUCAGACAGAAUCAGGGCAGUGGAGCAGAACCUAGAGGAGGAUCAUGUACCUUUUCUCAAGAACUACAUUUUGGCCAAGAAGAGAGCCCAAAGUGAAGUGCAGGAUCCAGAGGUGCUUUCAGGGACGCUGAUAGAUGUGGCCAAACACCUGGGUUCUCUGAGCUUCAAAGUCUGGGAGAAGAUGCUGCACAUUGUCACAUACACUCCUGUGACUCUGGACCCCAACACUGCAAACCCCUGGCUUUCUAUGUCUGAUGAUCUGACCUGUGUGAGGUUCACUGGAGUGAAACAGCAGCUUCCUGACAACACAGAGAGGUUUAGUCAGUAUUUAAUAGUGUUGGGCUCUGAGGGGUUUACUUCAGGACAACACAGCUGGGAGGUGGAGGUGGGAAACAAAACUGACUGGAUUGUAGGAGUGAUAACAGAGUCCAUCAACAGGAAGGGGGAGAUUAUAUACAGUCCAGAGAAAGGACUCUGGGUUCUACUUCUGAAGAAUGGAGACCAAGCAGCUGGAGUUACUGAUCUCACACUGGAGAAGAAACCCCAGAGGAUCCAAGUUCAGCUGGACAAUGACAGGGGGAAGGUGUCCUUCUUCAACCCCACUGACAUGUCACACAUCUACACUUUUACAGACACUUUCACUGAGAAACUGUUUCCAUAUUUCUCUCCCUCUGUAAAUGUUGAUAGGAGUAACUCUGGACCUCUGAAGAUCUGUCCAGUGAAGGUGUCUGUAACUGUUAAGUGA